GAGACUAUUUUUUCAAAAAAUCAGUUCUUAAAUGCAAGUGAAAUUGAAUCCUUUAAAAAUCUGGCAGAUUUCUAUUCACCGCAUGUAAAUAAAGACAACAGUUUGGCUGAACUGAAAAUAUGGCGAACAAAGAUAUUGGACAAUUUUGAAGCCAUUAAAACUGGUUUAGAUGCUCUCCAAAUCUGCAGUUCCUCUAUUUAUACAAAUUUGAAUAAGUUAUUAAAAAUUUUAUGUGUUUUACCCAUUUCAACAUCCACCCCAGAAAGAACGUUUUCAACAUUAAAGAGGGUGAAGACAUACACUAGAAACUCAAUGCUUGAAGACCGUUUGAAUGGAUUAACGUUGUUGGCAGUUCAUAAAGAUAUUAGCAUUACUCCAGAUGAAGUCUUAGAUGAAAUGUCUAAGAAGCCAAGAAAACUUGAACUUAUACUUUAGGUCUUUAGAUCUAUACUUUUAUUA